AUGGGUGCCUGCGAAUCCAAGGGUGUGACUGAGGAUGAGAUCAAGGUCGAUGUCUCCAGGCAUCCAGCCAUGCAGUCCAUGGACUUGACCACCACACAGAAGAUGGGCUGGAUCAAGGAUAUCCCAGACCCUCGCGAUCUCUACAUGACCUUCAAGUCGGUGGAUGCUCCGAAGGAGAUCAAGAGGAAGGGUGAAGGCAGCAAAGAGAUUGUGGACUUGCGGCCUUUGAACGGUGGAUUCAAGAUCUUCAACCAAGGACACUUGGGCAGCUGCACAGCGAACGCUUUGGCGGCGGCUUUCCACUUCGCACUUCACAAGGAGAAUGUGGAGCAGCAUGAGGGUUUCAAGGACUUCACACCAAGCCGCCUCUUCAUCUACUACAACGAGAGGUAUGUGGAGGGCAGCGUGGACCGUGAUGCCGGGGCGAUGCUUCGCGAUGGGAUCCAAGUCAUGGAGAGGCUUGGCGUUUGCCCCGAGGCCAUGUGGAAGUACGACGACCAAAACGAUUUCUUCAAGAAGCAGCCGGACAAGAACUGCUACGAGUUGGCAACCAAGUGCACCGUGAAGGGCUACGCGCAUGUGGCACAGGAUUUGCAGCAGAUGAAGCUCUGCAUCAAGAAUGGCUACCCCUUUGUGUUCGGCUUCACGGUGCUCACCAGCUUCUCCGAGGCGGCCAAGAAUGGUACGAUGGUGAUGCCGCAGCCUGGCGACAAGGCUCGGGGUGGGCACGCCGUCUGCGCGGUGGGUUACGACGACUUCAAGCAGUGCUUCAUCGUGCGGAACAGCUGGGGAGACGAUUGGGGCGACAAAGGCUACUUCUACAUGCCCUACGAGUACAUUUGCAAGGAGGAGCUGGCGCAUGACUUCUGGGCCAUCAAUUGGGUGGAGGGAGGUGUCCUCGCACAACGGCGAGCCCAACGGCGAGUGCUGCCGGCGGCCUUCACGGCCGUGCACCUCCACCCGCAGUAUCUCUCCUGUGAACUUCAUGGCCACACUUGGACGCACUUCCGGCACUUGCUGUGGCAAGCCACCAGCAGCGAGAGCCGUGCCUUCGUAAGCCAUGAGUGGAAGGAGGCGACUCCCAGGUGGAGUUGCUCUGCUCUGAGGUCAGAGCUCUUGUUGGAGAUCUUUGAGAUGGCGCUGGAACUGGAGAGGGGGCCCCGGGCCGCCGUCUUGAAGAAAGUGAAUGCCACCAACUCGGCCUUGAAGCUGCUAAGCUCUGCGGGAGGGGUUUGUCUCUUUGGCUACGUGAACGCUUUGGCCGUGGCGCUGCGCAUCGCCGCUGGGACGGCGACGUUGAAUUCGCACCGGUGGGACGCCCUCGACAUGAAUUCCAAGAGAUGUUCCGUGGAGCUGCUGGAUGGAACCUUCCAGGUGCAGCAGCGCGAGUGGCUGCGGGUCUUGCAGACCCUGUGGAGGUCGCCCAACAUGCCGCUGCUGCUGCUGGACAGCUCCCCCUGGCCUUUUGGCUUGGAGAACAUCUCCGAGAUCAUUGCGGAGGCCUCCUCAACUCCUGCCCAUAGCAUACGUUGGCGCCCACCCAGUGGGGGUGGCAGGUGGAAGUUGCUCCCGUCCCAGCCCUGGCCGGCGACGAAGGUGCUCGUGGGUGGCGAUGCCCCACGUGAGGUGUGGUGGCUCCGUGGGGAGUGA